AUGAGGGGGAUGCGGUGGCCAGAGGGAGCACACGGUGGCCAUGAGGGGGACCCGGUGGCCUCAAUACCCGACCCGCGCCGUCCCGCAGUGUGCGCGGGGACGCUGAACGGGCUGAGCGUGACGGGGGACGCGCAGCACCAGUACCAGACCCUGCACAAGAUGUACAACAACUGCGAGGUGGUCAUGGGCAACCUGGAGAUCGUCCUCAUCGACCACGCGCAGUACCUCUCCUUCCUGCAGACCAUCCGGGAGGUGACGGGGUACGUCCUGAUCGCCAUGAACGUCUUCUCGGCGCUGCCGCUGCGCAGCCUCCGCGUCAUCCGCGGGACCCAGUUCUACGAGGAGAAGUUCGCGCUCUUCGUGCUGCUCAACUACAACCCCAACGCCACCCACGCCCUGCGCCACCUCGGCCUCAACCAGCUCACGGGUGAGACCCCGGCCCUGCCCCGUGGUCCCCAUUCGG